UCUCCCAUAAAAAAAGGUGAUGCAUGUCCCAAUUUCAAGCAAUGCUGCUAUAUAUAGUAAGACUUGUUGAACUCAACCACGUUCUAUUCUGACCUCUUUCUAGUUAUUAUCAAUAUACAAUUAAUUAAGAAAAAUGGAAAACAUUAAAGAUACAUCAAUCUACCGCAAUCCUGUCAUAUUGCAGAGUGAGGACUUAACAAAGUAUAUAUUGGAGACUGCUGUUUACCCUAGAGAGCCAGAGGCUCUCAAAGAGCUGAGGAAAGCCACUGAGAAUCACCCAUGGGGUUUCAUGGCUACUUUACCUGAGGCUGGUCAACUCAUGACUAUACUUUUGAAGCUGUUGAAUCCCAAAAAGACACUUGAAGUGGGAGUCUUUACUGGGUACUCUCUUCUCCUCACUGCACUCAACAUUCCUCAUGAUGGAAAGAUUACAGCCAUAGACAUUGACAGGAAAAGUUAUGAAGUUGGACUACCAGUCAUAAAAAAGGCUGGAGUGGAACACAAGAUUGAUUUCAUAGAAUCUCCAGCUCUACCAAUUUUGGAUAAUCUGUUAGAAGAUCCAACAAAUGAAGGAAGUUUUGACUUUGCAUUCAUUGAUGCUGACAAAGAGAACUAUGUCAAGUAUCAUGAGAGAAUUAUAAAACUGGUUAAGGUUGGUGGGUUACUUGUGUAUGACAACACUCUAUGGGGUGGACGUGUUGCUUGGCCUGAAGAGGAUGUUCCACAACAUGCCAAAUCAGGAAGACAAGCAGCAAUUGAAUUCAACAAAACAAUCACACAAGAUUCUCGUGUUGAAUUUGCUCUCACUUCCAUUGGGGAUGGACUCAGUGUUUGCAGGCGCAUUGUGUAAUUAAAGACGUGUCUGGUGUUCAACACAUGUCAAUAUUAGAUAUAUAAACAACGUUAAUAUAUGUAGUUAAAUUUAAUUAUUUCUGAUUUUUCAAAUUAUUACGGGGUGUCUUAUAUAUACGUGUUGUGUUAGUGCAUAAGUGGCAAUGUCACAUCUAAUUUAUACGAGUUGUGUUAGUGCUUAAUUUAUUUAAUUAUGAGUAAUCUAUGUUUCAUGUACUAGUACUUUAUAUUUAUUAAAAUAGAUGUUGUGUACAUGAAUAAUGUUGUAUUUUGUGUUUCUAAUAAAAAUUAAGUUUCAUGUCUUUUUUGCUUAA